UCUGCCAAAUUUUCUGAGACACAAAAUUCAAUAAUGGGUUUCUUCGACCUUAACAUACCAUACUACGAAUCCGACAGAAACAUCACAAUCACCGACAAAAAAACCUUAAAAACCACACGACUCAAGCUCAUAAUCAAAGCAAUGGAACUCGGUUACACCGGUAUAGCAUACAACCGUACAUUCAAAGGCGUAAUGUCCGAAUCAGACCGUUGUAACAUCCCUUUAUUCCCACUCUCCUCAAUUCUCACACUCUCACCUUCACUUUCAUCAACCGUAGAGUUUCGUCGAAAACUCUUAAACGUCGUCGUUUCCUCGCCUUUUCGUCAGUAUACACGAUUGACUGUUGUCGUUGAUAGUUCGGCUCAGGCUUCGGCGCUUAAUAGUGGGAAUCCGAUUUUGAAGAGUUAUGAUAUUGUUGCUGUGAGACCACUUAAUCAGAAUGCUUUUGAACAAGCUUGCCAGGUUUCCGAGGUGGACAUAAUUGCUAUUGAUUUCUCUGAUAAGUUGCCAUUUAGGUUGAAGCAAUCCAUGGUUAAAGCUGCAAUUCAGCGUGGAGUGCAUUUUGAGAUUACUUACUCCAGUCUUAUCUCGGAUGCCCAAAUGAGGAGGCAAAUUAUAUCUAAUGCUAAGUUGCUGGUGGAUUGGACUCGAGGAAAGAAUCUUCUUUUCUCCAGUGCUGCUCCUUCUGUAACAGAACUUAGAGGGCCUUAUGAUGUAGCGAAUUUGGCAUCUUUGCUUGGUCUCCAACUGGAACGUGCUAAAGCAGCGCUUUCCAAAAAUUGUAGGACUGUUAUAACAAACGCGUUGAGGAAAAAGUGUUACCACAAGGACACAAUUAAGGUUGAACCAAUAACAUCAGGCAUCAAGGAACCUGAAUUUGAUGAUUGGCUUAAGUGGGAUCCUAUCUCUAGUGGUGAGGGAGAUUUGCUGUUAGACGACAUCAAAAAAUCUUUUUCUGUCUCCAACAAUUUAUCAAAACCUGUGAAACGCAUUGAGUUUAGUUCCAUUGUGAAUAACCUGCCUGCACAUGGACUCCAGAUUAAAGAUUUGAUAUCUUCGACAGUGUCGGAGCAGGUGCCUAUGGAUACUAUUGCUCUUCCAAGUUCGAGGGUAUCACAACAACCAUGUGGUGUUGAUUUUCUGCCUGAAGAAUGCUCAACUGUAGAAGAUGAUCCGCAUAAAAUCCAACAAGGUUCUGUUUCUGAAGAAGUUAGGGUGCCAUAUUUGUCCAUUGCUCCUCUAAAUGAUGCUGGUAAUUUGGAAAAAGAAAAGGAGAACCAUAGGAUUGAUAAUGAGGAUAUACAAUCUACAGUGAAAUUGGACAUAAAAGAAACAUCUGGGACCAAAAUGCAUGAUUUACAAACAGAAACUAGUUCAGUUAGUUGUGAAGAAAAUGCCGUCUUGCUAGAUGGUGCGACAAUCCACACCUGCAGAAGAGAUAUUGACGAUGAAAUGGAAAUUACAAAGAAGUUUAACGUGCAAGAUACUUCUGACGAGAACAAAUUACGUGAUAAUCAACCUGGAACUUGUUCAGCUAGUGGUGAUGGAUAUGCUGUCUUGCCAAAGAGUGCAGCAAACCACACUUGCAGAACAGAUUCUAAAGUCACUCUCUCUGCUAAUUCUUCCUUGGCGGAUGUUUUUACGCUCUCAAAGGAUGCGACAGAUUUCCAUGGUCAAAAUGGUGCAGAUGGUGUAGUCUUGAUUGAGGAGCGAGUUAAUGACAACCUAAUGGAGAAAGAACAAUUUAGGGAGAUGAAUUCUACUAUCUUACCUGAUGGAUCAUCCAACAAUGAGCAUAGCCAUCCAAUGGAAGUGGAGAAUGAGUAUUUAGUUGUUGAGAAGGUGCCAAGCAAAGAUGUUAUGGAGAAAGAGCUGAAACACACUGGCGAUAAUGCUGGAAUAAGUUAUCAGAUCCGUGGUGGAUCUUUGUCAGGGAAUAUGAAACGUAGGAAAUCUUAUCGGCCUUCUUUGUUUCCUUUCAAACGCUUGUUGAAGCAUAGGUCUUCUACUUUCAGAGGUUGAACCAGUUUACGACUUUGUGAGGAUUGCUUGAUAAAAGGAUUGCUCAGAUGCUAAACACCCUUCACCUCCAAUCCAAAGGUUAUGGGUUCAAGUUACCAAGGGAGAAAAAAGGGGAGCUCACGAAAGGGGGGGGGGGGGGGGUUAAAAAAAAAGCUUGUCUGAUUGUUUAUUUAUGUCACUUGACCAGUGUAAUAUCAUUCUUACACUGAAUACACAAUUAUACAUUAAUUCUCUUCUGUCGUCUAUUCCAGGCCAAUGCCCUCUUGGAUA